AAGUUAGCAAAGGAAUUGAUUUCCAACAAUUACAUUUAUACAACUCAAUACAAAGCUUAAACAAUGGGUCAGGGUCCAUCAGGAAUGCCUGGCGACAACCUCAACAAGAGGAAGGAUGACAAGAAGAAGGAAAAGCCAAAGUACGAACCACCAGUAGAAUCCAAGUUUGGUAAAAAGAGAAGAAAAGGACCAGAUACCGCCGUCAAAUUACCAAGUGUGUACCCAAACACCAGAUGUAAAUUGAAAUUGUUAAAAUUGGAAAGAAUUAAAGAUCACUUGUUAUUAGAGGAAGAAUUUGUCACUAAUCAAGAAGCAUUCCAACCUACAGAAGCCAGACAAGCUGAAGAACGAGAAAAGGUUGAUGAAUUAAGAGGAUACCCUAUGGCUGUGGGUACUUUGGAAGAAAUAAUCGACGAUGAUCAUGCAAUUGUUUCUAGUACUGCCAGCUCUGAGUUUUAUGUAUCAAUCAUGUCCUUUGUUGAUAAGGGUUUAUUAGAGCCAGGGUGUUCAGUAUUGUUGCACCAUAAGACAGUUGCCGUUGUCGGUGUUUUACAAGAUGAUGCCGAUCCAAUGGUUUCUGUCAUGAAGCUUGACAAAUCUCCAACUGAAUCAUAUGCCGACAUUGGUGGUUUAGAAUCACAAAUUCAAGAAAUUAAAGAAUCGGUUGAAUUGCCUUUGACUCAUCCAGAAUUAUACGAAGAAAUGGGUAUAAAACCACCCAAGGGUGUUAUAUUAUAUGGUGCACCAGGUACUGGUAAGACCUUAUUAGCCAAGGCCGUGGCCAACCAAACCAGUGCAACAUUUUUAAGAAUCGUCGGUUCUGAAUUAAUUCAAAAGUAUUUGGGUGAUGGUCCAAGAUUAUGUCGUCAAAUUUUCCAAAUUGCCGCUGAACAUGCCCCUUCAAUUGUUUUCAUUGAUGAAAUUGAUGCCAUUGGUACCAAAAGAUAUGAAUCUACUUCUGGUGGUGAACGAGAAAUCCAAAGAACCAUGUUGGAAUUGUUGAAUCAAUUGGAUGGUUUCGACGAUAGAGGAGAUAUUAAAGUCAUCAUGGCCACCAACAAGAUAGAAUCUCUUGAUCCUGCUUUGAUCAGACCAGGUAGAAUUGAUAGAAAGAUUUUAUUUGAAAACCCGGAUGCAAACACCAAGAGAAAGAUUUUGAAUAUUCACACUUCUAAAAUGAGUUUAGCUGAUGACGUUAAUUUAGAUGAAUUGGUAUCUGCCAAAGAUGAAUUAUCUGGUGCCGAUAUUAAAGCAAUUUGUACCGAAGCAGGUUUAUUAGCAUUAAGAGAAAGACGUAUGCAAGUUAAAGCUGAUGAUUUUAGACAAGCAAAGGAAAGAGUUCUUAAGAAUAAGGUUGAAGAAAAUCUCGAAGGUUUAUACUUGUAGAAUUAUUUAGAAUAAACAUCUAAUUUUCAAGUAAUCUAUUCGUUAACAGUAGCAUUUGUUUGCCAUAAAGUACCCCUCCAAAAAAAAAUGAAGGGUGGCUCUUCACAGGGCGUCCUUUCUAUACCUUUGUGGUAUCAUUCUAAACAUAGAAUGUGUAAGCUAAAACUAAUCGCUUGGUUUGCAAGCACAAUGGAUGUGCAGCAUUGUUAGACGGUGUUCUUUUCUACUUGUAGUUGUCAACAGGAAAUGCCCAGAUCGCCUGUUCUUCAUUACUCUUUCUUUCUCUUCUUAGGGCUUGGUUCAUCCAAUUUAAUAUCAGUGACUUUAAUCUCAUCCUUUUUUGGUUCCUUAGGUGGUAACUCAGGCUUACCAAUUCUUUCGCCAACUUUCAAUCUUAUUAAAAUUGUAUCCUUGAAAGAAACUUGCUUCCUGCACAACGGACAAAGUCCCUUGCCUCGUCCAUUACCACUAACUUGUCCUCGGGCAUGAGAACUGGAUAUACUCUGCUCGAUACAUUCCAAACAGAAGAUAUGACCACAUGAAGUAGUAGUUGCAUUUGUAACAUCAUCAAAGCAGAUCGGGCAUUGAACAUCAGAUAAUUUUUUAGUUGUAUGGUUUGGUUUCUGACUGGGAUGAUCGAUCAAAUCAUUUGUGACUUUACGAAAUUCGACUAUCUCCACGUCUUCUUCGCCUAUAUCAUCUUCUUCAUCUGAUGAUAUGUUGAUUAUGUAGUCUAAUGGUGGCAUGAACGACAAAACAGCAGUGAAACAAAUCGUUAUUUUUUUUUUUUGCCUGCGUAGAUUUUUAUAGUGCGGAUUGAGAUUUAGAGGGCAAUUGCCCCAAAUACUAGCAGAAUGAUUGAAAAGAGCGUUUGCGGAUGUCUUUGUUGUUUCGAUUGAACUCUAAUUAGAGUAUUAUAGUAAAAAUGGAUUUAGUAAAAGUCUCAAAGAUAGUCACAUGCAUACUCCGACGCUAUAUCUGCUCCUUUUCCCCUGCAAGUCAAAAGCCACCAUGUAUAGUUGCGGCAAGGAGAAUAGACAAAGAGUACAUCCUAUCUUGGGUGGUAUUUCCAGCAAACUCUAGAAGUAAACUUGCCCCCUCUUCGUUCCAGAAAAAAAAACAACAAGCUUUAUCCCCUUACAAGUACUUGAUACCUUGUUGAAAACAUGUCUAUUCCAAUCCCAGAACAAGGCGAACGCGGCGGCAAAGAAAGAAUUGCUAGUGAUCAGGAGCACGAUAUCGAAGAUAAGCUUGACAAAUUAAAUGAACUGGUGAAAUCUUUAGAAUCGAAAGUUGAUUGCCAAGGAAAGAAAUUAAACAAAUUGAUUUCUAAAGUUGAAGAUUUGGGUGAGGAGAAAGUAAUGAAAUUCCAUGUGCUUGGACUGGGAAAUACCAGUCAUAACUCCCAUAUUAGGUGAAUGUGAUCCAGAAUUGUAAAGCAUUAAAUUACAAUUGAAUAGCUUUUAUUGAAAAUAUUGGUAUUAAUUAUGAAUAAAUUUGUACAAAUUUUGAUAAAAUAAAGUAGAUUCGUACCCUUAUACCUCUUUAACCGAGGUACAUAUUACAAAAUUAUCUCCUUUGCCUGAAUUACACAUAAUCGGCACCCUGACUUAAACUUUCAAAGUAUUAUUCGAACCUAGAGCUGAAAUGAUCCCGUUUAAUAAGCUUUCAGUAAUAGAUAAAUACCAGGAGUGCAUAGAACAAAGCAUUGAAACUGCAUAUAAUGUUAACAGAAUUGACCGUUGUAUCACAAAGCUCUAUUACAUCAUAGAUAUUGUCUUUUCUUAGCUAUUAUGAAAGUUUGUACAAUGGUCGCCAUUAGUGGUCAAUUCUGGACUUGAUAAUGACGUAACUACUUUGGGUCGAGAACUACACGUACAAUGUUACUAACCUCCUGCCCGUUGAGCAGUAUUUGGAAUAUCGUAU